AUGGGAGCCGCCUCGUCGCGGGAAGCGGACGCGGCGCGCGCGGCGGCGCGGGAGCACACGAAGCGGUGCCGGGAGCGGCGGCGGCUCAUGCGGGAGGCCGUGCGCCUGCGGCGGCACCUGGCGGCGUCGCACGCGGCGUACCUCCGGUCGCUCGGCGUCGUCGCGUCCGCGCUCACGCGCUUCGCGGUCGGCGAGCCGCUCCUGGUGUCCGACCACACCCCGCCCGCGGUGAUCGCGCACCGCCCCGUCGUCGUCCCCUCCUCACCGCCGCCGCUGCUCCGCGCCAUGGAGCAGCCACAGCCACAGGGCGAGGCGCGGCAGCAGGACGGGGGCAGCGGCGUUUCUGCUGGCGUUGGCGUGGUGGCAGCGCCUACGCGGACCGAAGGCGCCGGCGUUGAUGGUGCCGAGGAGGAGCUGAGGAUGGUCGUGAGGCACCGUAGCCUCGCGGAGGUCGCGGCGGGGCUGGAGGAGCACUUCCUCAAGGCCAGCGUCGCCGGCGACACGGUGUCGAGCCUGCUUGAGGCCAGUACCACCGAGUUCAAGGGUGGCUCACACAGCUUCUUGGGCGCGCUCUGCUGCCUUUCGGCGCCAGCGCUCGACCGCAUCGACAGCAUGAGCAGCCGGCAGAGGCACAGCGCCACCUUGCAGCAGCUCCUCGCAUGGGAGAAGAAGCUCUACAAGGAUGUCAAGGCCAGGGAGAAACUGCAAAUAAGGCACGACAAGAAGCUCGCCGAGCUGCGGGACCAGGAGUACAGCCGGAAGAUCGACGUGGACAUCCAGAAGCUCAAGGCGGCGUGGGACAGGGCGCGCGCGCAGCUCGAGACCGCCUCCGAGUCCGUGGACGUGACCUCGUCCGCAAUCGCCCAGCUCCGCGACACCCACCUCGCGCGCCAGCUCCUGGAGCUCUGCCACGCCACGCUCGACAUGUGGCGGGUGAUGCGGCAGCACCACGAGGCGCAGAGCCUGUUCGCGCAACAGCUGCGCGGGCUGAGCAGCCGCACGUCCAUGGACCCCACGACCGAGAUCCACCACCAGGCCACGCGGGCGCUCGAGGCCGCCAUGAACGCCUGGUCCGCGGCCAUGGCGCACGUGGCGAAGCACCAGCGCGACUACGUCGACGCCAUCGGCGGCUGGCUCAAGCUGACGCUGACGCCGGUCAGCGGCGCCGCCGAGGCGGUGGGCUCCCCCGUGGCGGCGGAGCUCGCCGCGUUCGUCGACCGGUGGGGGAAGGUGCUCGACCGCGUGCACUGCGUGGACGUGCUCAAGGCGAUCAAGAGCUUCGCGGGAGCGGUCCGCGGGAUCCACGCGCUCCAGGGCGACGAGCUGCGGGUGGCGCGGCGCGUGAGGCAGUACUCCCGGGAGCUGGACCGCAAGUCCCGGAUGCUGGGGCAGGUCGAGAAGAGCUACUACGACUCGUACCUGCCCGGGUUCAUGUCGAUGUGGCACUGGGGGAGGCCCGCGUGGAGGGACCACAUGCAGGCGCGCGACGCGGGUAACGAGGUGGCGCAGCGCAGGGACGAGAUCGCGGCUUGCCGGAAGAUGGUGGAGGACGAGAUGCGGAGGCAUGCCAAGGCCAUCGACGCCACGAGGACGGCCACGGUCACCGGCGUGCAGGGGAAGCUGCCUGCCGUGUUCCAGUCGAUGGCCGCGUUCUCGGCGUCGCUUCCGAAUUCGCUGGACGCCGCGUGCAGGGCUCCACAGCAGAACACCAACAUGCAGUAA